AUGAAAUUAAUUAGUAAAAACUGCAGCAAGUCGUUAACAUCGAAAGAGUCGAAAAACUCUUGUCAAGGCAGUUCAUUAGCAAUCAGUUUAAUUAAAAAUAACAGAAGCAGAAACAAAACACCGGCGACAAUUUGCAGUCAUCAACAAAAUGAACUUCAUCUUCAUUCAGAUGUCACAUGUUUAAUACCAAAAUUAAAAUAA